AUGAAUGCCAAAAACUCUUCCGGCAACCAAGUCUCCCUCCUCAACGACGAUCCCGCCCCGCCAGCCAGAACCGUCUACCCAGAUCCCUUCUACUCACCCUACCCGCCCCAACCGGCACGCACAUAUUCAAAUGCCUCCGCCCAUAGCACAGCUUCCUCUCCCAAGACCCCCGAUCUCUGGCGCUCCAACUCCUACGACUCGCAGAACACCAGUGGCCCUCGAUCGCCUCUCACUCCGGGCCCAGCGCCUCCCAUGGAAUUUGGGAAGCCUUUCGCCUUCCCCCAACCUCCCUACUACCACGAGCCCCAACAGCAUCUAGCACAGAUGCGACAGCUGCGAGGCUACGACGACCAUGCGCCUUCCCCCUACUCCGAGUCCUAUGAUUCCGACUCGUAUGCGAACCCCCCCACCACCGAGAGGGGCCCCAAGAGAUAUCCGUGCCGCUUCCGCGAGACGCACGGGUGUGACAAGACCUUUACCACUUCGGGCCACGCAUCGCGCCACUCCAAGAUCCACACGGCGGAGAAGGCGGUGGCUUGUUCAUACGCGGGCUGCCAGAAGAAGUUCACCCGUGCCGACAACAUGAAGCAGCAUCUCGAGACCCACUUCAAGGGCAAGUCGCGAUCAGGCUCUCGCCCUCCCAGCGCCGGUGAGAACCGACCCGAGCUUGCUCCUUACCAGCCAGGGCCACCGGCGCAACUCCUGACUGACAGGUACGCCGGUGCCUCAUCUGCAAGCUCGUCGAUGGCGACCAGCCCCGUCAUGCCUUCCAGCCCACACGCCAUGAGCGUGUCGCCCCCUCCACGAGAGUCCGGUCCAGCAUCCGCGUCCUCGGGGAGAUCGAGCUUAGACGUGCUGGCGGUAGCUGCUGCUUCUCAGGCCGAGGAGUAA